GACGUGUAAAAACUACAUGAAAAUCCAUUCCCAAGAAGACUUACUCCUUCGUGAUGGAGAAAUAUGAAAAGAUUGGAAAGAUUGGAGAAGGCUCCUACGGGGUGGUGUUCAAGUGCAGAAACAGGGACACGGGUCAGAUCGUGGCCAUCAAGAGGUUCCUGGAAACUGAAGAUGACCCUGUCAUAAAGAAAAUUGCCCUUCGAGAAAUCCGCAUGCUCAAGCAACUCAAGCAUCCCAACCUCGUCAACCUCCUGGAAGUCUUCCGGAGGAAGCGGAGGCUUCACCUGGUCUUCGAGUACUGCGACCACACGGUGCUUCACGAGCUGGAUAGAUACCAGAGGGGGGUACCAGAACAUCUCAUGAAGAGCAUAAUUUGGCAGACACUGCAGGCUGUAAAUUUCUGCCAUAAACACAACUGCAUUCAUAGAGACGUGAAGCCAGAAAACAUUCUCAUCACAAAACGCUCUGUCAUUAAGCUCUGUGACUUCGGGUUUGCACGCCUUCUCACUGGACCAGGUGACUACUACACAGACUAUGUGGCCACCAGGUGGUACCGCUCACCAGAGCUGCUAGUAGGGGACACACAGUAUGGCCCCCCAGUAGAUGUCUGGGCAAUUGGCUGUGUGUUUGCUGAGCUGCUGUCUGGUGUGCCUCUGUGGCCGGGAAAAUCCGAUGUGGAUCAGCUCUAUCUGAUAAGGAAAACCUUGGGCGAUCUCAUUCCUAGGCACCAGCAAGUGUUUAGCAUGAAUCAAUACUUCAGUGGGGUGAAAAUCCCAGACCCGGAAGACAUGGAAACACUCGAGUUGAAAUUUCCAAACAUCUCCUACUCUGCCCUGGGCUUCUUAAAGGGAUGCCUCCACAUGGACCCAGCUGAGAGGCUGACGUGCGAACAGUUGUUGCAGCAUCCAUAUUUUGACAGCAUGCGAGAAGUUGGGGAUUUGACUAGACAUGACAAACCAGUGAGGAAGACCCUGAGACAGAGUCAAAAGCACCUGACUGGGAGACACCAUGACCAAGACAGCUUACAAAAGAAAGCAUUUGGGGCUUGCUUACAGUUUCAGAGGUUGCAGUACCUACCUCAGCUAACUAGCAGCAGCAUCCUUCCAGCGUUGGACAAUAAGAAGUACCACUGUAGUACCAAGAAAUUUAACUACCAUUUUCCAAAUAUUUAAGGAACUGGCAGAGUGAUGAAGAACCAAUAAUUUGAAGAAAAAAAAAUGUGCACAUUUGAUUCCUGUCUUGAACGCACACUGGGACAAAACACAAACAGGAAGCUGGAGACCACUUGCCAAGAUAGGAAGGGAAAUUCCAGAUCCAGACUCGCAUGCCUGGCGAGGAUGUCCAGAGGAGCUCUGGGUC